AUGGCCUCCAACGCCCUCACACGCGCCCUGCCAAAGGCCCUCAAGGAGGUCCGCCUUCACAUCUGCCAGACUGGACAGGGCAGCGCCGGCGCCCGCAAGUUCCUCGAGACCAACUACAAGCCCCUCAAGCAGUCCAACCCGGACCUCCCCUUCCUCGUCCGAGAGGCCCAGGGCACACCAGCACGCGCCUUUGCUCGCUUCGAGCGCGGCGUGGAGAAGAACGUCGAGCUCGACGGACUGAGCUCCUCGGAGGUCGAGAAGAAGUUUGGAGAGCUCCUCUCGUCUGCAUGA